AAGAAUUAUAUAUAUAAAGAUAUUUAUAAAUGAAACAUCUCAACAAAACUGGUUAGUUGUCUUCCAGCUGGCGUGCGAGUAACAUCUCACAAAAUGAAGACUAUUUAUUUUGUAGUCUUAGCGUGUCUUGCAACAGCAAGUUGCAAUAAUGACGCUAAUGAUGCGGCGCUCCUGGCAGAAGGAAAUAGCAAAUUCACAGCUAAAAUGUUCGCAGAAGUCUCUAAUAAAAAUCCGCGAAAGAGUUUUGUUUUAUCAGCAUUUUCUGUACUGACCCCACUGGCGCAAUUGUCCUUGGCUGCUGAGGGAAACAGCCACGACGAACUAUUGAGGGCAAUUGGAUUACCAAAUGAUGAGACGACUAAAACUGCAUUCAGACAAGUGGAUAGUAAUCUCAGAUCUGUAAAAGGAGUUGAUUUGAAAAUGGCAAAUAGGAUUUAUGUCGCCAAUGGAUACACACUUAACAAGGACUACGAAGAAGUCGUGAAACAAACAUUCCAAUCGGAAGUUAAAAACGUUGAUUUUACUGCAAGUCAAAGUACAGCAAAAGAGAUAAACACUUGGGUGGAACAACAGACAAAUAAUCGCAUUAAGGAUUUAGUGGAUCCUAAUACCUUAGAUGCUGACACCAGAGCUGUCUUAGUAAAUGCGAUAUACUUUAAGGGCACGUGGAAAGAUCAAUUUGAAAAAAAGCGCACAAGUGAAAAUGACUUCUACCUGUCGCAUAGGAAAAAAAUAAAGGUGUCAACAAUGUAUAGAAAGGGAGACUACAAUUAUGGUGAAAGUGCAGAACUUAACGCAAAAAUAUUGGAAUUGCCCUAUGUUGGUGAUGAAUCUGCAUUUUAUAUUAUACUUCCCAACAACGUGGUCGGCAUCUCUGAAUUAUUAGAUAGAGUCAAAGAUAGUUCAUCAUUAGAAAGAGCCCUUAACAGUUUGUAUGAAAUUGAAGUCGAAGCAUAUAUACCGAAAUUCAAAAUCGAGACAACAACUAACUUAAAAGAAAUCCUUCCAGAAAUCGGAGUAAAAGGUAUUUUCGACGCAUCCAAAGCAAAGUUAAAUAGGUUAUUAACUAACGAAAGUGAUUUAUAUAUAAGUGAUGCGAUACAAAAGGCUUUCAUCGAAAUCAACGAAGAAGGGGCGGAAGCAGCCGCUGCGAAUGAGUUUGGAAUAUCGUACUUGGCUGCACUUGUACCCAACACCGUCACGUUUCGCGCAGAUCAUCCCUUCGUAUUUGUAUUAAAAACUGGAAGAAAUAUCCUGUUUACCGGAGUUUUUCACCCUUGAAAUAUUUUUUUUCUAUUUUAAAAUAUAUUCGAAAAAUUGAGUAAAAUAAACAUAUCAAAUUA